UCACCUUUUUGUGGGAUAUUUGGAACGGUCGAGACGCGGUCACACUGUCUGGGUGUCUUGUUGAAAAAAUCAUAACAAAACUUAUUUUCCCGUCAAGAUGUGGUUUGAAAUCCUACCUGGCGCCGUGAUCAUCACCACUCUCCUGUCGGUGCCCAUAUACGCCAUGUACGGCCUGCAGAAGGUCACGAUUGGCAAUGCCUUCCGUCGCAACAUGGACGAGCGUUUCAGCCGAGUGAUGUACCAGCGCGAUUUCCGACUGACCGACAAUCCCUAUUUGAUGAACGGGCUCGAACAAAUUCCCGAUGAAGAGGAGGAACAGAAAGAUCAACAGGAAUGCGAUGACUACGAGGAUCCUAAGCUCUUAAAGCAACGUAAGAAGGAGGAAAAGAGGGAGAAACAGCUAAGGGAAGAGGAAAAGAAGCAGAAGGCGGCAAAGUAAUAACAGUAAACAUUUCGGCUUCACAGUUCCCAAUUAGAAUAAAGGACUCUCGGCAUUUGCCGCGCAUUUAACAACCCUGUUCUUGUGUGUGCCAGGAAACCACCCCUAAGGGAUAAAUAUGGGUGGCUAAAGCCUCCCAUCCGUCGUCAAACUCUGUGUGGUAUUCGGUGAAAAGGCGUCGUCGACGUAGUCGAGCAGCGAGCGCGCAAAUAAACACAAAUUUCACCGACUAACUUUAA